CACUUACCCAAAGUAGUGUUGGUCUUUUUACGAAUAAAAAUGGCCGAUAUAAAUCGUGCUAAUUCUCCUAUGAACAUCUACAGAGAAGAUACACUCAAAACCAAAGAAGAAAUUGAUUACGCUAAAGCAAUAUUACAUGGUCAACUGAAUCAAAAAGCUCCAUUUUUGGUUGGAAGCAUUGAACAUGUUAAUGAGAAAAUUGCAAACCUGGACCGAGAGCUUCAAAUGUUUUCCACAUUAGUGAUAGAUAGCAGAGGUUCAAAUGUUGAAGAGGACAGGACACCAUCACCAGCUCAAGAAAAGGCUUCCACCAAAGCUCAAGAUAUCAAACAGUUAAACCAAUUUGCUGGUGUUUAUUCAGUUAAAUCAAGUCAUCUGUCUAUAAAACCAGCUUUACUCAGUGAUAACAAACUGAAGUUCGGGAGGAAAGAAGUUGGUGCUAAGAAGCCUAAAGAAAAUGUUUCCAGUGCUCGACCAAAACUUGUAGAGUUGCACCAGUAUCCUGGAUUUGAGUCCGAGAGGCUCACUCCGCUGCCAUACGCUGAGGUCCUUAAGAUGCUGCAGAGGGUGACGGAUGCACAGACUAGCCUUAGCAGGAAGCCUCAUUACAUGAUUGAGUUUAAACGACUCUUCUUUUCCAAAAUGUCUGAAGCCAUUAUUGUAGAUCUGUUCUGGUGGUUUUUUCUGCAUCGCUAUCAUCCAAGUAAAAUGUGCCAAGAGAAGAUCUUUAACCGAGUGGCGCACAAUUACACAAAACUCUUACUUUAUGCUAAGCACCCAAAAUACAGGGACGUGUUCUUCAAGGCCUAUCCAGACAUUCUCGCGCAGGCUGUUUAUUGCUGCUUCUGUGAAGCCUUCCCCGACUCGUGGAGACAGUUCAACGAUGAUUUUCAGGAGGAUUUAUGUAUGCUGACCUCUCAGUGGGUCGCUGGAACUAAAGUCGUACCCCGAACAUGGAUGAAGUGGAACUACAGAUCUCUUGAACCCCAUGACAUGAGGAAGGCUGAAAUUAUCCAACAAGAUUCAAAAAAAGGUCGAGUUUUAAACUUUGAGUUUGUCACUCCCGAGACGUCGUCUCACAAAGAACCCUCGGUCAAAAGUUCUCAUUCAUCUCACAGUAACCCAGGUGUACCAGAAAUCGACUCUGACAUCAAAACCAUAGCAAAUGUUUCCAAUGCUCAGAAAGGAGUCAAGACAAAACCACAAAGGGCAGAGGGUAAAGGUCAAAAUUCUUUGCAGCCAAUCGCAGAGAACUUUUCAGAUGCAUCUAGCAGCCUACUAAGUCAAAAAACAAUUACAAGUAGUGGGACAACAAAGAGCCAUCAACGAAAAUCAAAAUGUGCGUUAACUGGAAAAGAAAAGAAGAAAUCCGAUAAGGGAAAUGAAACAGUACCGAAGCAAUCCUCAACAGUGUUGUUCAAAGGAAAAGACACACAGUUAUCUCCAGAGUCACAUCCCGCCUAUGAGAGCACACAGUUUUCCAAGAGUGCCUUCAAUAUCAGCGGUCAAAGCCCGUUGGUUAAACAUUUUCUGCGACAGAAGAGGCUUGACAAGAAAGCAGGCAUGGACAUCUACCUGCAGAGAACAGAGAUCAAAAAGCUACCACCGUUAAAUGCACCGACGUACCGUGAACUAAUCAGUGACACGUACCACAACAUCCGUGAGCUUGACCAUAACUACCAGGAGAUGCACGAGGAAGGUUUGAGAGAGCAUGCUCAGUUUCUGACCAAACAGAAAGAGUGCAGGAAAGGUCAAAUGAGGAGAGAAAAACUGUUGUUGUCCAAGCCAAGAGAAGUUAAACGACUAAGUGAUUUACUUGUGUUAGAAUUAUUGAAAGACGAAGAUGAGGUAAGUGCAGGAGCAGCCUUGUCCGUUCAAGCUGCCUUGAUGAGUCAGGAGGACAAGUAACCAAUCAGAUUCUUCAAUGAAUCAGGAUCAACCAAUCAGCUGUCCUGAUAAAUCAGAACAAGUUGUUGAGCCAAUCAUCUGUUUUGAUUAUUCAGGACUCAACCAAUCAACAGCUCUGAUUUAUCAAGACAAGUAAGUUCCUCAAUGAAUCAGGAUGAGAAGUUCAAAAAAUUAGCUGUUCUGAUAAAUCAGAACAAGUUGCUCAGCCAAUCAGCAGUCCGAUUUAUUAAGACAAGUAACUUACCAAUCAGAUUCCUCAAUAAUAAAGAUAAGAAGCUCAACCAAUCAGAUGUUCUAAUAAAUCAGAACAAGUUGAUGAGCCAAUCAGCUGUUCUGAUCAUCCAGGACAAGUUUGCUCAACCAUUCAUCGGCUCUGAUUUAUCAAGACAAGAAACUUAACCAAUCAACUGCUCCAUAAGAAGUAGGAAAGUAGAGCUGCCAAUCAGCUACUCCUGAAAUUAGAGUUGCAACCAGUAAAUUUAUGCAUGCUAAACUAAUUCCUCCAUGAUUUAUGGAUGGAAAGUAUCCAAAGAUGCCCAGUCACACAUUGUCACUAGAUUAGCCAAUGACCUCUCUACUUUAAAUUUAAUCACUAUUCUUAAUUACCAAGAACAUACCUUUUAAAUAUUGUAAAUAUUUGUUAAAUAUAUUAUUCAAUAUUGUUUUAUUUAUUAAUACCAAAACUCCCUUUGAAAGCAG